CGUCCACUAUCCCUACACUCCCAUUCCUCCUCCUCCCCGUGCAGAUGCAGAGUCGCCGGACGGCGUAGAUACGACGGUGAUACGGUGUCCUUUUGAUUGAAAUGUCGACGGUGGAGGAUCUGUUCGUAGAAAUUUUCGAGAGAAAGCAUAAGAUCAUCGAACUAGUUAAGCAACAUACUGACCGGUAUAGUCAACACCUCGCUACUAAAUGUAAAAUCCAAGGAAUUAAUCCUCCUCCAUGGCUCUUAAAUUCUCAUCAGUCUUCAAAUCCCAAAGAGCUGAACAAAGAACAGCUGAUUUCUGUAAAAAUCCCACGGCCACCUACUGUGCGCCAAGCUAGUGCUCGUUGCUCAUUGAUCAAGAGGCCAGUUGUCAGAGAUGACAAUGAAGAAAUGUCUCAGGGGGAAUUCUUGGAGGUUCAUGUUACCAACAAAAGUUUUCACCCUGAAGAUGGGUCUGCUAAUACAGCUGUAGAUCCUGAUAAUAACCAGGAAUGUGCUCUGAAUACUGUUCCUGAGCCUGAUGUAAGUGUUAACUCUCCCUUAGAUCAGACAGAUGCAAUAGUCCUGAACAAUUUUAAUGAUUUAGACUUGUCGCUAGCUAGAAUUCAGAGGUCUAAGUCUAGACAAAAGGCUCUUCAGCUUCGAAAUAGUGCACAAACAGAAGCAAAGAACUGCUCCAGUCGGCAGAAAAAAUGUGUUGUUACUCCUAUAGGGAUUGGCCUUUCUACUUCUGAACAAGUUGAUCACAAUAACGAGUCACAAAAAUUGUCUGAACCUUGUGUAGUUAGUAGUAGUAGUGGUGGAUUUAGGGAAUCAGCUGAAAGAACUCAUGAAGAAGAAAGAGAGAUCAAUUUACAGAUGGGUGAAAAUUCGAAGCAUAAAGCAUCUACCAAGUGUCUUGAGGGUGUUAAUCAUUAUGUGGAAGUAGAUAGCUUGACUGAUGUUGCUGAGAGAAGUCAUACAACAGAAGUAGAUAACUCUUUUGCUACAGCUCAGAAAGGUCAUUCAACACACAAACAUAGUUGCAAUUUUGCUGCCACAGGUAUCAGUUUGUCUGCUUCUCAACUAAAUAAAUUUUCAGACAAGCCAGACAACCAGCCAGAAUCUUUUCCUGUUGGUACUGAAGUCAGCAAGUUAACGGAAUUUGUAGAAGUACACCAGCAUGAGGGGAUUGAAGUAAAUAGAGUCACGAGGUCCAGAAGUAAUUGCAAACAACUAAACUGUAUAAAUGAUUCUCUUAAAGUGGAUGGUUCUGCUGAUGUAGUUCAGAAAGAUGAUCAUACCCAAGCAUGCUCUGCAGGUUGUGUGUCAGGUAGGUCAUUGGAAGUGGCUAAUACAUCUAAUAUUCACAAACCAAUAGUCAAAAACCACCAAGAGACUAAGAAGAAGAAUGGUAGUUAUUGUGGUAGAAUCACAAGAUCUAUGGCCCCAAAAUUGCCUUGUCCGGGUGAUGAUUCGCAUGCCACUAUAUCCACAUUUUCAGAUAGGGUGAGCACUGAUGUUUUUGCCCCAGCAAUUGGUGGAUCAUCGGCAGUGUUAUUUACCAAUCUUGAUUCUUUGAAAUCAGCUAAACCUUCUCUAAUAUUGGAUCAUAAGAGCCCAAAGACACAAAGUAACAUGGGCAAUGAAGUCAUAGCAGAGCCUAUUGAUACUUCCACUGUUGCUGGUUCUGGUGGUGCGGGUUCCAUGUCUGCUGAUUCAGAGAAGUCUUCGCAUGAAAAUUACGACACUCAUUGUCCAACUGGCAGUAAAUCAGUCACUCCUUCCUCUGAUAACAAUGAGACUCAUAAUAAGCAAGGUAACACUGAAGUUGUGAUGGAAGGAUCUCCUACUUGUAGGUCUAGAACUGGCAAUUCUAAACCAAAAGUGGGAGUGGAACAUCUGGUUGCCAAUCCUCCACAUGAUUGUUUUAUGCCCAUAAAACCAAAGCAACUCGACUUUGAUGACACAGAAGAGUGUAACCUGAAGAUGACCUUUACUCCUAACUUUGAGGAGAAGAGCACAAAAUCAACAGAUGUAAUUUCCAAUACCUCACCAGAACCAACCUCAGAAAAGAAGAUAUCUGGUAGUCCUGUAGAUAACAGAAUCUCUAGGGAACAGUUAACACUUGAGCGAGAAAUUUCAAAUAAGUGUAGCGAAGUUCCAGGGAGUUCAUUUUCUACGACAAUCAGAGAGCCUGCCGGUACCGUAAUGAAUGGGUGUGCCUUGGAUAUGGAUGAACAUCAUGCAUCAAGGGAUACUAAAGAUGAGUCAAGGGGCGGACAAUGUUCACGGCAAUCUUCUUAUCUGCAUGAUGAUGAGACACUGUCAAAUGAUGUUGGUCAUCAUGAUGCAGACACUAACAUUGAACUCAAUCUGAAGGAAUCAUAUAAUUCAAUGGUAGAUAACGUUGAAGUGGGAGGUAACAGUUGUGACAGGACUGCUCAAUGUUUGUCUGCAUCUUAUGUUGCCAACACCAAAAUUGCUGCUACACCUCACAUCUCAAGUUUGACUAAAAAGGUGACUGGAGAUACCCAGGAUUGCUUGGCGAAGAACUUUGACAUUGAAGAUCCAAUUUCCAUUUCCCCAGAUGCAAAGAAACGGUCUUGCACGCCAAAUGAUCCAAAUUUAUCCCGUUUCAAUGGUGAAGACAGUUAUGGAGAUGUAUGUGUCAAGUGUGAUAUGGAUAGGGAUUCCCUACCAUCUGGACAGAAUGAUGAUGAGAAUCUCAAUCUCUCCGUAUCAAGCAAACUUGAGACUACAAGGGAUCCCUUGUUUGAUGACAGAUUCAGAUCUGCUAAGAUGGAUUCAUGGCCACAAGUUAAGAGGAAAAAAGUUGAAGAUAAGCAAACUAACUGCUUUUCUGCUUGUCCAAACUCUCAAACGUCAAAGCUUUAUCAGGUACAUGUGGAUACUGUAAGCUUAAACUUCAACACAAGUCAAGAAAAAACAGACAAUGUUGUGGAACAUACACCUUUCAGAACCAAGAGUUCUAGUGUUAGUAUAUCCGAGAAGAAAAAUUGUCAUUUGAAAGAAGGAAGUGGUUCAUUGCCGAAGCUGCUAAAUGAAAUGGGAGGUAAAAGUUGUGACGGGAAUACUCAAUGUCUACCUGCCUCAUAUGCUGUCAACACUAAAACUGCUGCUACACGUCACAUCUCAACUUUGACUGGCGAUUCCCAGGAUUGUUUGGUGAAGGAACUUGAACUUGAAGAUCUGACUUCCAUUUCCCCAGAUGGAAAGAGACAGCCUAGCAUGCCAAAUGAUCCAAAUUUAUCUUGUUUGGAUGGUGAAAAUACUCAUGGAGAUGCAUAUGGUAAGCACAAUACGGAUAGGCAUUCCCAUCAGAAAGAGAAUGAAAUGCUUACAUGGAGUCCACAACAAUCUGGAUCCAAUGAUGAAGAUAAUCUCGAUCUUCCGGUAUCAAGUGAAAUUGAAAAUGCGAGGGAGUCCUCAUUGUUUGAUCGAAGAUUGAGAUCUGUUAAGCUGGAUUCAUGGCCACAAGUUAAGAGGAAAAGACUUGAAGAUAACCAAUCUAACUGCUUUUCUGUUUGUCCAAGCUCUCAAAUGUCUAAGCUUUAUCAGGCACAGAUGGAUGCUGUAAGCUUAAACUUCAGCGCAAGUCAAGGAAAGACAGACAAUGUUGUGCAAGGUACACCUUUCCGAGCCAAGAGUUCUACUAUGGGUAUACCUGAGAAGAAAAGUUGUCCUUUGAAAGAAGGAGUUGGUUCCUUGCGGAAGCUGCAAAACGAAAUGGAUGUGAUAUGUUAUGAAAAGCAAAAUAACAGCACCGAGUCUGCUUCCUCAUCUGAUGACAAAUUGUUACGUGUAUCCCAUGUCUCAAGUUUGUUUCAAAAGUCAGCUGAAAAGGAACUGGAAACAGGAGAAGAACAUGAACUCCUUUCCAAUGCUGAGAAGUUCUCCAAUGAACAAGAUAUUCCAGAAUCACUGCACCUUGAAAAGAAUGUUGAGUUGGAUCAUCCUGAAAACCUGACUUGUUUGGAGAGAAAAUCUCAUAUUGGAGAACAAUGCCUAUAUUCCCAAUCUUUUGUUUGCUCUUCUCCACAAAAUAGAGACUUGGAUAUCGUUGAUGCUGAUCAAUCAAUGCCUGUGCUUGAGGGUUUCAUUAUAGAUGCCUCAACAGCAGGUGGAGAAUUAGAUAUUACCCAGCUAGAGAUCAACUAUGAGACGACCAUUCAGCGUGCGAGCAUUCUGGAGCAGAUCUGCAAAUCAGCAAGUGCACAUACACCCUUGUCUCAUUUCACAUCUUCUUUUGGGUUUGACCGUGCUCAAAAUCUAUAUCAAUCUUUACCUAAUGGGCUUCUUGAGCAUCUGGAUCUGAGCACCUUCUUGUCGGAGGAGGAUGUCAACAAACAGGUUAGGGCAAGUGAUAGCUGCAUGGAUGAAGUGAAAGAUUCUAAACUGGAGAUACCUUGUUCCGAUUAUCAACCUUCUUACGGAUGUCAAUUUGGAGGGAGGUCAGGAAAUCAAUACCAGUCUCCUGUUGGAAAGUUUUGGGAAAGGAUCCCGUCACAUUCUAGCAGUUCAGAGAAGGGUUUGAACUUAAACCCAGAGCUCAUGUGUUUCCCAAUUGAGGAGGAUCCCAAUAGUAGUGAGGAGAAUGAGACUGCAGAUGUGGCAGGUAAAAUCCGUGAUGAAUUGGAUUCAACAGUAGUGAAAAGUCAUGUCAAAAGACUACCACUUGCAUCAAUAUCUAACUCAUGUCUGAAUCCCCCUGCUUCAGUCUCUGCGGCUGAGAGGUCUCAUGCAAGGGGAAGUUUGGAUUCUGUCAAUACAGAUGUUAGCUGCAGUGGGCUUCAUAAUAAAGCCAAGAGAAAGCUUGGAAGUAGCUUCAGAAAUAUGAGUGCUGCAAAGGUAAAACAGACUUCUUUGAUGGGUGCAAAAGGAAUUAAACAAGGUAAGGAAUCCCUUAGGAGGUCUAGUAGGCCAAAACUAUCAGCUAAAUCCAGUUUUAAGAGAGAGAGACAGAAUCUUUCAGAAAAAGGGCCAAGUCAUAACAACAUUGUCACAAAUGUGACUUCAUUUAUACCACUAGUCCAACAGAAACAAGCAGCUGCUGUAUGUACAGGAAAGAGAGAUGUAAAAGUGAAGGCUCUGGAAGCUGCUGAAGCUGCAAAACGCCUGGAAGAGAAAAAAGAGAACGAGCGUAAGAUGAGGAAGGAAGCAAUGAACCAUGAGCGGGCACGGUUGGAGCAAGAAAAUUCAAAACAAUUGGAAAAUCACAAGAAAAAGAAGGAAGAGGAAAAGAAGAAAAAGGAAGCUGAUGCAAUAGCAAGGAAAAGGCUGAGGGAAGAAGAAGAAAAAAAUGAGAGGGAAAGGAAAAGAAAGCGAGUAGAAGAAGCACGACGACAGCAGAGAGAGCAGGACGAUAAAAUUCAUGCUAAAAGAGCGGAGAAAGAUAAAGGACUUCCCACUAAUGAUGAAAAGACGAUGGCUAAAAAGAAAUGUAAUAAUGAUGUUGAUAUGUCCCAAAAAGAAAAGGAAAGAGUUGGAAAGACCUUCAAGAAGCAAGAAAGUGAACCGAAGCCAACUGAAACUUCGAGAAAUGAUUCAUUUCAAGCAACGCCAUCACCAGGAAGAUGUCACAUUGUUGAUAACUUUACUGAUCAUGAAAAGGCUGACAGUGAGUGUGGUACCAAGAAAAGUCGAGAGAAAUCAUAUGAGAUCUCACCUUAUCAGUGCUCUGAUGAUGAAGAGGAUGAGGAUGUAGAUCUACCCAUCCGAAAAUUUAUUCCCUCGUGGGCCAGUAAACCCAAUGUGGCUAGUGUCCUACCUCUGCAGCAAGGAAUUGACCCUGAUUCCAUAUUUCCCCCCAAUAGUUUCUGCAGUAUGGAUGAAGUACUUGUGCCCAGGAUUGUUCAGCAGAGACCUGUUGCACCUAUCUGAUUAAUUUUACCUCAACUUCAAAACUUGUUUAUACAAGGGUAGUGCUUCUGCUCGAAGACAAGGACUUUUGUAUACAUAAAUUGUACAUAUGGGAAGGUGAUAUUUGCUAUGCAGCCUUGGCAAAGCCUGUCUUAACGGCUGUGCAUGCUGUCGUUUUCAUUCCCUUUCGACAUGUUCUCACUUCCAAUAUCAGCGAUUCAAAAACCUUUCUAAUGUAUAUACGCUUGAACCUUGAUGAUUAGAAUACAGAACUACAGUCAUACUAUAUGGCUGUCAUUUGUU